CGGCCGGCAGGGAGGCGGCGGAGCAGCGGCCGCGCAGCCCCUUCCCUGAGGACCCCGGUGAAGCCAAUGCCUAGGUUGGAGAGCUGCGCCUGGAGCUGUUCCUGCACUGCCAGGGGAAGGCACAGGACCCAGCUGGGGGGCACGGCAGCGGGACUGGCCGCCAAGGUGGGCGAGAUGCUGAGCUCCUCUGUGUCCAGCCCCUCGCUAGCGAUGGUGGGUCGCGGAGCUCGCAGCCCCAGCACCUCCAGCGCCAGCAGCACCACCAGCACCACCAGCAGCAGCGGCAGCAGCAGCAGCGGCAGCAGCAGCAGCAGCAGCAGCACCUUGAACUGGAGUCAGCACCUGGUGCAGAGAAGCGUGGUGCUAUUCGUCGUGGGUGCUUUCAUGGCCCUGGUGCUGAACUUGCUGCAGAUCCAGCGCAAUGUGACUCUGUUCCCUGACGAAGUGAUUUCCACACUCUUCUCCUCCGCCUGGUGGGUGCCCCCGUGCUGCGGCACAGCAGCGGCUGUCGUUGGCCUGCUGUACCCCUGCAUUGACAGCCACCUCGGGGAGCCACACAAAUUCAAGAGGGAGUGGGCCAGUGUCAUGCGGUGCAUCGCGGUUUUCGUUGGCAUCAACCACGCCAGUGCUAAACUAGACUUUGCAAACAACGUCCAGCUGUCCCUGACUCUGGCAGCCUUAUCACUGGGUCUUUGGUGGACAUUUGAUCGUUCCAGAAGUGGUCUCGGGCUUGGAAUUACAAUAGCCUUUGUAGCAACCCUGAUAACCCAGUUCCUUGUAUAUAAUGGUGUCUAUCAGUAUACAUCCCCAGAUUUUCUUUACAUCCGUUCUUGGCUUCCGUGUAUAUUUUUCUCAGGAGGUGUGACUGUAGGAAACAUAGGACGCCAGCUGGCUAUGGGUAUUCCAGAGAAACCACACAAUGACUAAAUCUUUGAAGAAGAGAGCACGGUGCCAGCGUGAAAGCAACAUUACAAAGAUGUGUUCCUGUUUAAAACUGAAGAUUAUUUAGAAAAAAUAAUCUCUUUAUGGGCUCACUGCACAAAUGACUUGUGGAAAAAAAAAUAUUAAUCCACUCUUAGAAUAGCCAAGUGAAAUUAACUGCUUAUCUUGAAAUCUUACCCUGAUUUACCACGUAAGCAUUUGCAUAUGGCUGUUCUCUGGAAGAGUUUAACACCAAGUUGCAUACAACUGUUCGGGCUAAGUGGCAGUUUUCCAAGUAUUAGAUUCCAAUGUAAGUUAUUGAAUCAGCUGCCGUAUUUUAAAGCCUUGAAACUGAAAUUUAAUUACAAGCUCUUGUAUCAGUGCCCAAAGGAAGUAGAUCGAUGGUGCUUAACAAUGAUGAAGUAUGGUUUAAUAGGAAUAGUAUUUAUCCAAAUCUUUAAAAAAUAGGGUUGUUUAAAAAUAAGAGUGAUCAAAACAGAUUAAAGGCACUGCACUAAUGCUUUUAGGAGUCUUAUGAAGGAAUCAUGCCCUUACUUGUAAUGCUGCAUUAAGUUUCUGUCUUUGACAGUGGAGAGGGUUGGAGGAAUGAAAGGUUGGAAGUCUUAGUUUGGAAUUUCUAAAUUACUUCAGUACGAUGGGUGAACACAGGAGACAAUCUUGUUCAAACGUGAACUUUUAUCAGGAGAUUCCGACUGGAAAUUUCAUUAUUUCUGAAGCUUGCAGUUAGAUUUGCAAGAAUCAAGUUCUGGCCCUUACUCAGUAAGAUAUCUAAGUGUGUUUGAGUACUCCUGCUUAAUAUUAGACACAUACUUCAGUAUCUCACCAAAGGAGGUCUUGGGUAUCUCAAAUGUCUGGUGUCACUGAAAAAACAUGCACUGCGUGUCAUUGUGUGACCCCCAACUGUUCGAUUUGCCAUUUCCUCCUAGAGCUGUCCUUGAUCUUCAGUCUGAGUCAGGGUUUUGACUGAAACGAUUGGAAACAGAAUUGGGCCUAAAAAAUGUGAUUUAAACCGUAUGUGAAAAAUAGCAAACAGCUUGUUUUCUCAGUUCAGUUUCUGAAAGAGAUCACUGCUUGUUUUUAUACAACCCUAUAGAACUUGCAAUCUGUGAUUGCCUUCUUAAAAAACAAAAAGUGCUUAUGUCACUACAUUAAACAUUUGGUGUUUCUUAAUACAUAGUUCUGGUGAGCACAACGUAUUCAUUUGAUAGCUUAGACCACAGGAGACCUAAGUAGCAAGUAUUAGGUCUUAAAAGUUGAAGUGCAAUGUACAGUAAGUCUGAGCCUCAUGUUCUCUUCAAUAUCGAUCAUUUCUUAUGAGAGAUUAAAGAGAAAAGGGUUCUGAGUUCAUUUCAAUGCUGCAUGGAGUCAAAUGGAGCAAUAAUUUAUUUAACUAGUAAAGCUAGUUUUGUUGUAUCUUACAUUGAACCCAAAUUUAUAGAAAUACUCCAAUUUUGUGUUUAUGUUGUACUUGUAAACUUUUAUGGAUUUGCCUUUUUGUAUUAUGCAAUUUUUUUUGUGUUCUUUUCCAAUCUUACAUGGCUUCAGUUAUAGUUAGAGGCAUCAGUUAAAGACUGAACCAUCAAAACAGAUGUCAAGGCCAGAUAGCUGCUCUGGCUGUUUUCACUCUUCUAAGGGAAUGCUUGCAGGAAAAAUUUAGCACAAACUCUAUACUACAGAGCAUACCCUAAUUCUAAUCUUGCUUUGGUGUAAAUCAAGAGUAAUUGAGUUGGUCUAAGAUCCUUCCUCAAAUGUUCAAAACAUAAAUCAUCAAAUUUUAUAGAAGUACCUGAAGAAAUUAGGUCCCCAGAUCAGGACAGGUUCAGCUCAACUGUUUAAGAAGUAUGCUACCUGCUGGGGAGACAGUUUUGUAACCACCUUUAAACCAAUCUCAAAAUGUUAUAAAACCAGAUGUAAGUAAAGAUGACAGUGAUCUCUAUGGAUAUUUGAUUAAUAGAGAAGUAUUUAAGAUUUAUUUCUAAAAACUGAAACUAAAUCUGUGUAUGGUCGAAAUAAUGCAGCCAAAAAUGUAAGUCAAAAGUUCAUUUUUUGCCAACACUUCUGAGUAUCUUAACCAAAGUGAUUUAAGUUUGGAAGAGGUGGGGAGGGGAGUGAAGAAAACUUGCACUAUUCUGAAUUUGAACACUUAUAUUCUCAUUCUUACUGAUAAGUUUUCAGCGGUGUGUUUGGUUUUACACUUUUUUUACUAUUAAAGUUUUACGAUCAAGUCAUGUUUGCCUUGGAUUCUCUGUGCUCACAUUAUGCAGGAAUCUUUCUUGAAAAGGACAGUUGUUAUGGUUGCAUAACAAAUAUUCAGUCAUGCAUAUGCAGUGGUUUAAAAAAAAAAAAAAAAGAAUCCUAAACUGAACUUGCCAAGAUUAACUUCAGCCUGG